CAAGCUUUAUUCUGACCCUCCUAACACACGGAUCCCGAGCAAUCGGGGACCCGUUGGGAGCACAAGCGCGUGUUCAUAAACCCGCGUGGUCUCACUCUCCAUGGGCUGAGAUUACCUCAGCCCGUGUAAAGGAAACCCUUCUUUCGCGCUAGCUUCUUUUUUAUGCUUAGGUCGCCUUUUCUAAACUUUCUUCUUUGUUCAUUAGGCGACCAGAUGGCACCCAAGAAGAGUGCAUCCAAGAAGAGUGCUGGCAGCUCGUCUUCCCAGCAAGCCAGCAAAGGUAAAGAGAUGGCAACAGACUCCCCGAUCCCCAACUUUGGUCCCACCAUGGAGAAGGAGGUCGAGGUGGGGCCCGACGCCUUUUUUGAGGCCGAGAGGAUUGUCUCAAAGGUGACCACCCAGGGGAUUGGUGGACGCCCAGCCUCCCCUUGAGGGGGAGCGAAGCUGCGCGCCGCUCGACGAGGAGUACGCAGCCUGGAGCGAUGAACAUCUCAAGGCUGGGGCCUUUCUUCCCCUGGAUCAGUAUUUCACAGAUUUCUUAAAUUAUGUGAAACUGGCCCCCUUCCAACUCCCCCCUAACUCCUAUCAUCUGUUAGCGGGGUUGAAGUAUUUGUUCCUGAAGCAGAAAUGGGAGGUCCCCACGCCGCUGGACAUCAUUUACUUAUUUUGCCUCAAAGCCAGCCCGGAGCAACGAGGGCGAGGUGACGAGUUCUACUACCUGACCCGUUUUCCCAAUUCGUCUGCGAUCAUCAAGCUGCCCAGCCACCCCAAUGACUUCAAGGAUCAAUUCUUCAUGUCAAAGGGGUUUCACAAUUGCGAAUUCCAUUAUUUCAACUGUCCUCGUAAGUCCCUUCUAACUUUAGCUCGCUAGCUUGCCGCUAAUUAGUCUCUUUCCAUUCACUGCUGACUUAAAAACUAUCAUGCAGCUAUUUUCGUGAGGAUGCCUAAGUCAAUGACCCUUGGGGGUCAAUACGAAACCUUGGCGGGGCUCCCCCUAAGUGAAAAAGAUUACCGCCAGGUCGUGUCUGAUGAGACGAUGCUGGCGUGUAAGUUAAUUUCCCCGGGCCAGACUCUGGCUUUGAGGAGGCCUCGGACCAUCCCCGCUGCUCGUGAAAUGGCGCCCAUCCCCGAGGAGGAGGCCAUGGAUGAGGACGAGGACGAGGAGGAUGAGGUGCCCCUCGUGCGCCGAAAGCAGUCUCUGGAGGUCGCCCAGGAGGUUAAUGCAGAGAGGACCUAGUCCAGGGCAGCAGCCGGCCCCUCCGGCCAAGGUAACCCUUACUUAUUUUGGGACUUAGACAGGGGCAUCGCAGACCUAAGGCUUGCUAGGUUUAACCCCAGCCAACUCGUUCAUCGCCACCAAACAGACCAAGAUUGCAACAUCACUCUACUCCAGUGUGUUGACCAGCUCAUGUUGCAUUAUGACAUGGGCCGCCCUAGGGGUACUGUAGUAGUAGAUAAUACCUUGGCCUUUAGGUCGGCCUUCUUUGAGGAGUACGGGACCAAUCUUAGGUCGUGGCCCUCCCUUCUAGAGGGUGUAGUAGCUCCGGGUGUUAGGCAGUAUGUAGAGGAGUCUAGUCCUGAGGCGGAUCCUGAUCCAAAACCUCUUCUCACCCGUGAGGUCAUUAUCUUAUACUCUCUCAAAGAAGCUCCGGGGCCGGAGGUCGUGACAAUAAAUUCCUCCUCUAGCUCGGAGUGUAGGACCUUUUUCUAUACAUACUUUAGCUUUUUUGUUAUCAAAGUAUUUUUACAUGCAUAUUAAUGCUUUGAUGUCUUUGUUUCAGACGAGGAGAUGACGCAGCCCGGGGAAAACGAUUUGCGAAAUAUGUUCCAGGGGGGGAACCCUUCCUCCGAGCCCUUGGUGAAGAGGCUCCAGAUGGCGAAGAAAGUUGCUGGGACAUCCUCCUAGUCCCCGGCCAAGGGGAAAAACCACGGUCCUCCUGCCACUGAAAAAGUGCCUCCACCCCCUCCUGCAGUAGAGAAGAUGGCUCCACCUCCCCUGCGACCUCCCGUUUCUACCCAGGAAUAAGAGGUGCCGACUGGGACCAUGGCGGCUCCAGCUCCAACAGUGCGCAUCCCGGUCAACACUCAGGCCCUGGAGAAGAUCCCCGAGGCCUUUCGAGGGACGAUUUACGAAACCGCGAGCUACACGGUGGAUCACUAUUACAACUCCACUCUGAGGGACUUGCAGGAGAUCGAGACGAGGAUCCCUAAGAAUGUGAUGGAGUCUUCAAUGGGGAUGACCUUCACGGUGGUUUUGGCUCUUCACCGAAGCAUAUCCUGGUCUAGGGCCAGGCUUGAAGAGAUCAAGGGCGAGCAUCAUGCUACCCUGGCCGCCCUCGCGUCCGCCCAGCAACAGGAGCAGGAUGAAAAAGCCGCCCGGGCGACGGCGCAGGCCGAGCUGGAGGCAUGUCGAUCCAAGCUGCUGGUGGCCGAGUCUACCAAGGUCGCCCUAGUCACCGCGAAGGUUGAGCUUGAAUAAGCUAAGGCUGCCCUUGUGGCAGAGAAGGCGUCUUCCAUCGCCUCCAUGGAGACUAUGCUGUUCCAUUGCUGGGCCUUCAAACCGAAAGGUGACUUUUCCUUCCUGGGGACGGAGGUAUGGGAGUCCUUCUUGGGGUUCAAAGCUCGCCUUCAACAAGAGGCGCCCUCCGAGACUGGGGAGACUCCUACUGCAACCGAGCAGGAUGGCAAGGGGGUGACUUCAUCAGAGCGGCC